ACAUGACUUUCCAUUUUUUUUCUUUUUUUUUUUCUUUUUUUUUAGUCUUUCUUGUCUGAUUUUCAAUCGAUGCAGGAGCAUGAGAAGGAAGAAGCCCACGUGGAGGAGGUGACAGCACAGAUGGAGGGCAGGGCAGGUAAGCCUCUCGCUAAGGCUUCUAGACAAGUUGGAAAGAACCCAAGAAAGAACAACACCAAGAAAGCCAAUGAAGCAGAUACUGUUGUUGAAUCUGUAGCAUCAGUUAGUACUACAGCUGAAACUAGACAUGUUUCCGAGGGGGUAAAACCUAAAGGCAGGGGAGCUCCGAAGAAGGCUCCUGCUAGAAAGAAAAUGUCGACUGCCGUUGAUAGUGAAGAGGAAGAUGAUGAGGUGCUCGAGCUGAAAGAACGACUAGCAGCGUAUAACAUUGAUUCUCCUUAGAUCAAAUAGGUAUAUGAUCAUCCAUGUGCAGUAAGCUUUUGGAUCAAAGCGAAGCUGAGAAUAGGGUGUUAGUUGAUGGAAAAUUGAUAACCAGUAUAUGCACAUCCAUAGAGUUUUCGCUUGCGAUUGUUGAUA